CCUGGGCGCGCCAGUCCCUGUGGGCACCUGUCUGAGGCCUGUAGGUGUGCGCCGGGGCUUGCUUCUGGUGGCCCGGCUCCUGCAUAGGAGUGAGGCCCACGGCCACAGGGCAAGAAGCCUGGCCCUUACUGCACCUUGUCUCCCUGCCUUCCCAGCUUCCUGGAGGCUCCUCUGUAACUCUUUGCUUUCCUGAGGGGAGCAGAGAGCUUUGGAAGGGCGCUCCUUAGGGGCCAGGGCUCCGGCUGUUCAUGCCGAGUGGCAGGGAUCCUGGCUUAGAAAGGGAGGGGGUGUUUUCCAUGAAACUCUUGGGCCAGAGCCAGAGAAGCAAAGCAGUACAAGGCUAGCAUCAGAAGCCUCCCUGGGGGGGCAGGUCCCCUGUUCCUGGCAUGCAGCCUCGAUCCUGGGGCCUGGCUGCCAGCUUCCGUCUGGGCUGGCAAAGGGGGCCAGCAAUUGGCCUCUCAGGCUCUGGGCUGGUUGGGCACGCUGUGUCAGGGUGACAGGGGCCCCUUAGGGGCCCCACGUGGGAGGGCUGAGGGCACUGCCAGCUCAUCUGUCUGUGGCAGGCGGCUUUGCAUGACCACCAGCAGUGGGUGUCAUGGGCUCUGGUCACCACCUCCUCUCCAGUGGACGCCGACCCAGUCAGCCCAGUGCCUGCAUGGCCCACCCUUCCCGAGCAUGGGUGAUUGGGGCGUGUCAUCAGCAGGGCUAGGGGAGGGCUGGGGGUAGGCUGCUGGUUAAAUUUAGUGUGUGGAACAGUGCAGCUGCCCAAGGUCCACCUGCCACUACAGCUGCCACUUGGGCCCUGCUGCCAGGGGGCCGGUGGGGGCUGGCUCUGCCUGGGGCUGGGCCCAUAUUAACCUGUGCUCCAGCCUGGGGGCCAGAGGGGCAAGCCUGCAGCUGGGAGGCCAAGGUGGCGGUGUAGCUGAGAGGUGCCAGGUGAGAGGCGAACCAGCCGCCUGGGCUUCUGUUUUCUCUCCAGCCAGCAGGAGCCGAGGAGCCAAGGCUCCUCUUAGGCCUGACCAGCUGCCCAUGCCCGCGGUCCAGCUCAGAGUCAGAUGCUGGCAGCUGGAGGUAGCCACUCCUGGGCGGGGCCUAUCAGCUCCCUGCAGGGCCUGUGGAGGUGGGGCCCUAGGGCCUAUCUCGGCUAGUUUCCCCCUCUCUCCACCAAUCAGGAGCAACAGGGAUGGGGAGCUUACGUCACCUGGCCUGUGGUGUGCCCCAAGGUCAGCCUCAAGCUGGCGUGGCACAGCAGCAGCCCAGAGCAGCUGAGGUGUCCGAGGGCCCUUCAAGGGCCCAGAGCUGCCGUGCUCCCUCCCCCAACACCCCAACCCAGAGACUCCCGCCUUGCAGCACUGACCGGGGACCAAGGUCCAAUCACAGGGCUCUUGCAGCCUCCAGGUCAUGCCGCCAGCCCAGGAAGGGCCCGAUGGAACCCUGUGUCUGAGCACCUCACUCCCCUCCCCCGACACCCCAGCAUUCCUAAGGCCUGGCCCGGUUACCUGGGAGACAGGUCUGCUGGCCAAAGAUGGGGGGCUCCGAGAGGGCUAGGCCUUGGCCAAGCCCUGCUGGGGUAAAUCGCCAGAGGUCCCAGGCUCCAUUUCCCCCUGGGGUUCAGCCUUGCCCAGCUCUGCCAACCCCUGAGGGCCCUUUGGCCCAGGCACUCAGCCCACCUCCCCUCCCCUGGGCCCAGUCCCUCACAGCUUCUUGGACCUUCCGUCUGUCCCUACCCCCCAUGUGGGUCUCCUGCUCCCCUGUCAUGGGGACACUGGGCGGGCGUUGGGCCUUGCCCCAAGCUCCGCCUGCCUCCUCACCCACUCCCUAUGGCUGCCUGGGGCAGAACUGUGCCCAGAGCGGUGGGGCGGGGCGGGGUGGCACCAGCUCCUCCUUCAGCUUUUCUGUCCCUUUCAGUGGGGCCAGCAGGCUGCAGUGAAGACCAGGCCCUCUUACCUUGAGUCCCUGACCCAGGCCCCCCCUUCCCAGCCUGGCCCACUGAGCCUGGACCCAGCUUCCCUCAUCCCCCCUGCUGGACCCUGCUGCCUCCUGAGCCUCCUUCCUGCCUGGUCUGAGCAGGGUCGUGGCCUUGAAGGCAGGUGACCAGAGCCAGGCUGCCAUGAACAGGCUGAAGGAGAAGGUCUUGACGCUGGACACCAUGAACCCGUGUGUGCGGAGGGUGGAGUACGCGGUACGAGGCCCCAUUGUGCUGCGUGCCCUGGAGCUGGAGCAGGAGCUGUGCCAGGGCAUAAAGAAGCCCUUCACUGAGGUCAUCCGUGCCAACAUCGGGGAUGCACAGGCCAUGGGGCAGAAGCCCAUCACCUUCCUGCGCCAGGUGAGGCUCAGCACUGCCCUGGCACCCCUCCCCCAUCAGGCCAUGUGCCGUGGCCUCAGCACUCGCUCCUCCCAGGUCCUGGCACUCUGCAUCCACCCCGAUCUCCUGAAGAGCCCCGACUUCCCCGAGGAUGCCAAGAGAAGGGCAGAGCGCAUCUUGCAGGCGUGCGGGGGCCACAGCCUGGGGGCCUACAGCAUCAGCUCCGGCAUUCAGCUGAUCCGCGAGGAUGUGGCACGGUAUAUCGAGCGGCGCGACGGAGGCAUUCCCGCGGACCCCAGCAACAUCUUCCUGUCCACAGGGGCCAGCGACGCCAUCGUGACAGUGCUGAAGUUGUUGGUGGCCGGAGAGGGUCGCACGCGCACGGGCGUGCUCAUCCCCAUCCCUCAGUACCCGCUGUACUCGGCCACGCUGGCCGAGCUCAACGCCGUGCAGGUGGACUACUACCUGGACGAGGAGCGCGCCUGGGCGCUCGACGUGUCCGAGCUGCGGCGCGCACUGCGCCAGGCGCGUGACCACUGCUACCCGCGCGCGCUCUGCGUUAUCAACCCCGGCAACCCCACUGGGCAGGUGCAGCCCCGCGAGUGCAUCGAGGCCGUGAUCCGCUUCGCCUUCGAAGAGCGGCUCUUCCUGAUGGCUGAUGAGGUGUACCAGGACAACGUGUACGCCGAGGGCUCGCAGUUCCACUCGUUCAAGAAGGUGCUCACGGAGCUGGGGCCGCCGUACGCGGCGCAGCAGGAGCUCGCCUCCUUCCAUUCGGUCUCCAAGGGCUACAUGGGCGAGUGCGGGUUCCGCGCCGGCUACGUGGAGGUGGUGAACAUGGACGCCGCGGUGCAGCAGCAGAUGCAGAAGCUGAUGAGCGUGCGGCUGUGCCCGCCUGUGCCAGGCCAGGCCCUGCUACAUAUGGUGGUCAGCCCGCCCGCGCCCUCUGACCCCUCCUUCGCCCAGUUCCAGGCGGAGAGGCAGGCAGUGCUGGCCGAGCUGGCGGCCAAGGCCAAGCUCACGGAGCAAGUCUUCAACGAGGCUCCCGGCAUCCACUGCAACCCGGUGCAGGGCGCCAUGUACUCCUUCCCCCGCGUGCAGCUGCCACCGCGCGCGGUCCAGCGCGCUCAGGAGCUGGGCCUGGCUCCGGACAUGUUCUUUUGUUUGCGCCUUCUGGAGGAGACGGGCAUCUGCGUGGUGCCUGGGAGCGGCUUUGGGCAGCGGGAAGGCACCUACCACUUCCGGAUGACCAUUCUGCCCCCCAUGGAGAAGCUGCGGUCCCUGCUGGAGAAGCUGAGCCAGUUCCACGCCAAGUUCACCCGAGACUACUCCUGAGGACCCCUCUGGGGCCCAGGCCCGGCCAGGGUGGUGUGGCAGGGCCAACCCUAGACUGACCAUGGCCAGGACCCUGGGUGUCUCCUCCUGCAGCCUGUGGGGCUGGGCCCCUGCCUCUCUGUAGGCCCCUAAUAAAGCUGUGAGAUAGCCUGACUAGAA